CCCCGUCUCUCCCCUUUUUUUUUCUUUUCAUCGCCCCAACUCAAAUAUGGGGAGUCAUCCUUCUAGGAAAACCUGCUGUAGCUCUCGUCGGCUCCACCCUUGCAGACUGUUUCCCAUGAGCCGGCACUCAUUCCAGGUCCUGCAGGCAAGCAGUGGACAUACAGUCGCUGGAAUUAUGAACAAGCCCUGAACUCAGGAGCGACGUGAAUUUCCAAAGUGAAACAAAGCCUCAUCAACUUUCACUGAUCUCCUUCCUGAUCAUGGGGAAGGUCUAUUACAUCAGUAAGAAUGUGGGACUUGGACUACUCGUGUUAGCUUUUAGCGCUCUGGUGACCAUCAUAGCUCUGUCUAUCGCCUACGACAAGGAGAGAGCCAAGAAUCUAAGCAGUCCUGGAGACCAAGCCGCGGUUAACAGCGACACCCCAAAUCCAACCCCUGUAGUCUCAAACUAUCCAUGGGACCAGUACAGACUCCCUUCUGCUCUGGUCCCCACAUCCUACAAUGUGACACUGUGGCCUCGCCUGGAGCCCAACGCAGACGGCCUCUUCAUUUUCACCGGACACUCAGAGGUGGUCUUCAUCUGUCUCCAGGCCACAGACCUGGUCCUCAUCCACGCCAGCAAGCUCAACUUCACCACCUUCAACGGGCAUCACGCCCUGCUGAGCGACCUGUCUGGAGCCUGGAUGCCACCCGUCCGGAAAUCUUGGCUGGUGGCAGAGACCGAGUACCUGGUCCUGGAGCUGAGCGGCAGCCUCACAGAAGGGGCGUCCUACGUCUUGCACACUGAGUUCCUCGGAGAACUGGCAGACAACCUGGAAGGAUUCUACAGAAGCGAAUACUUUCAGGAUGGCGUGAAGGAAGUGGUUGCCACUUCUCAGAUGCAAGCCACCUACGCCCGGAAAGCCUUCCCCUGCUUCGACGAACCCGCCAUGAAAGCAGUCUUCAACAUCACCAUUAUCCAUGACCGUGACAAAGUGGCUCUGUCCAACGCCCGUGAAAUAGAGGUUAGAGAUAUGGUCAUGGACGGUGUGGCAGUUCUAGUCACGACGUUCGAGCCCACGGCGAGGAUGUCCACCUAUCUGCUGGCCUUUCUCGUCUGCGACUUCGCCUAUGUUGAGUCCCACCAACAGAAUGACGUGCAGGUGCGGGUGUGGGCUCGGAGAAAGGCCAUCACCGACGGACAUGGCGACUACGCUCUCAAUGUCACUGGGAAAAUUCUUCAGUUCUAUGAGCGAUAUUACAAGGCACCGUACCCACUACCCAAGUCAGAUCAGGUGGCUCUGCCUGACUUCAAUGCCGGUGCUAUGGAGAACUGGGGCCUGGUAACCUACAGGGAGACUGCUCUGCUCUAUGACCCGCAGAGAUCUUCGGCGGGAAACAAACAGGGAGUGGCCACCGUCAUCGCACACGAGCUGGCGCACAUGUGGUUCGGCAACCUGGUGACCAUGCGCUGGUGGAACGAUCUGUGGCUCAAUGAAGGCUUUGCGUCCUACGUGCAGUACCUGGGAGCGGACUAUGCCGAGCCAACGUGGAACAUUAAAGACCAGAUCAUUUUGGAUGACCUCCAGCACGUCUUCAAUCUGGACGCACUAGCUUCCUCUCACCCUCUGUCCUGGCGAGAAGACGAGGUGAACACACCUGCUCAGAUCAGCGAGAUAUUCAACACCAUCUCCUACAGCAAGGGGGCGGUGGUGCUCAGGAUGCUGUCCAGGUUUCUCAGUGAGCCGGUGUUUGCCAAGGGACUGAGUUCUUACCUCAACACAUUUGCUUUCGGCUGCACCGUGUACAAAGACUUGUGGGACCAUCUCCAAAAGGCGGUGGAAGACACUCCAGCCUUGAGUAUCCCGCACACGGUCCACGACAUCAUGCACCGCUGGACUCUACAGAUGGGCUUCCCGGUGGUGACUAUCAACACCAAAACCGGACGCGUCACCCAGAAGCACUUCCUGCUGGAUCCGGAGUCGGUGGUGGACAGGCCCUCGCAGUUCAAUUAUACGUGGUUUGUGCCCAUUAAAUGGACGAAGACAGGAGUUGAGCAGCAACAGUAUUGGCUACUCCAUAAGACAGACAACAACCCUCAAAUGAAAGCCUCUGGACUCAACUGGGUGCUGGCCAAUAUCAACGUGUCGGGGUACUUCAGGGUCAACUAUGAUACAGACAACUGGAAUCGCCUCAUCUCUGUGCUGGAAACAAACCACCUGGCCAUUCCCAUUGUAAACCGAGCUCAGAUCAUCGACGACGCCUUCAAUCUGGCACGAGCCAAAAUGGUGGACAUCACAUUGGCCCUGAGGACCACCAAGUACUUGUCCAAGGAGACAGAAUACAUCCCUUGGCAGUCGGCGUUGCGAAACCUCAACUUCUACUACCUCAUGUUCGACCGCACCGAAGUCUACGGACCCUUACAGGCGUACACCAGGAAGCUUAUCCAACCACUUUUUGAGUACUUCAAGAGGAUUACACACAACUGGACUAUGAUACCUGAAGGAAUCACCAACCAGUACAAUCAGAUCAACGCCGUGGGAGUGUCUUGCAUGGUGGGCGUGCCGGCCUGCAGGGACCUUAUCAAAAGUUGGUUCAAACGCUGGAUGGACCAUCCGGAACACAACCCGAUCCAUCCCAACUUGAAAAGCAUGGUGUACUGUAGAGCUGUGGCAUUGGGCGGCGCGGAGGAAUGGAACUUUGUCUGGAAGAUGUUCAAGAACACCACGCUGGCGUCCGAGGCCUCCAGGCUCAGGUCAGCCUUGGCCUGUACUAAAGAACCAUGGCUGCUCAACAGGUAUCUAGAAUACACGCUGGACCCGAAUAAGAUCCGCAAGCAGGACACCACCUCCACCAUCGUGAGUGUGGCCCACAACGUGGUGGGCAUGCCUCUGGCCUGGAACUUUGUCAGAGCACAAUGGAAACAGCUUUUCCAACAAUAUGGAAAAGGAUCGUUUGUCUUCUCUACGCUCAUCAGUGGGGUCACCACACGGUUCUCCACAGAGUUUGAGCUCCAGGAGCUGCGGCGAUUCAAGGAAGACAACCUGGCGGUGGGCUUUGGCUCGGCUACCCUGGCGUUGGAGCAAGCCAUGGAGAGGACCUCUGCCCAGAUCAAAUGGGUGACGGAGAACAAAGGCCGACUUCUGGACUGGUUCUCUGGGUAUUCCAUGUGAAAGGGGGUGUGGGGGU